UUAAGUCAGUUCAAACUGUUAGUGGUUCUACUUCACACUGCUCACGCGUUUAGUUGACUCGGGUCCGUCAAAUUAAGCAGCGCGAGCGCGGACGCGUUACAUCAUCAGCGCACCUUAACGCAGGUGACAGGACACCCGGAAGAACAUUGACUAUCACACGAGUCUCUUGAGUUUCAGUCAACCCCAGAAGAGCCGAGCAGAUCACGGUCAUGCCAGACCUCAAGAAGAACAAGUUGUUUAUGGUGCUGAUGGAUAUCUUGUGUGUGCUCGUGGUGGCGAUGCCGUUCAUCAUAAUGACCAUCAGGUUCAAGCCGUACCUGCGUGGCGUUUACUGUGAUGACGAGACCAUCCGUUAUCCCUACAGACCAGACACCAUCUCUCACAAAAUGAUGGCGGCCGUUACCAUUUCCUGCUCAAUCAUUAUCAUCAUUUCUGGAGAGGCCUACCUGGUCUACACAAAACGUCUCCACUCCAAUUCGAACUUUAACCAGUACGCUGCGGCGCUCUAUAAAGUAGUGGGGACGUUUCUGUUCGGCGCGUGUGUGAGCCAGUCUCUGACCGAUAUGGCCAAGUACACCAUCGGACGCUUGCGGCCCAACUUCAUGGCGGUGUGUGCUCCAGAAGAUUGCAAGGGCUACGUUCUGGUGAUCAACUGCACAGGAAGCCUUCGCAAUGUGACCGAAUCCAGGCUGUCGUUCUACUCCGGUCACUCCUCCUUCGGGAUGUACUGCAUGUUGUUUCUGGCGCUGUAUGUCCAGGCACGUAUGGCAUCCAAGUGGGCCCGCCUCCUCAGGCCCACAAUUCAGUUCUUCCUGGUGGCCUUUGCCAUUUAUGUGGGAUACACGCGUGUGUCUGACUACAAGCACCACUGGAGCGAUGUGGUCGUGGGGCUCCUGCAAGGGGCGCUGGUCGCAGUCCUCACGGUGCGAUACAUCUCGGACUUCUUUAAAGAGCGCCCCCCUCUCUGCCAGGAUGUUGAAAACGCUGAAAACGAAGACAGCGAGCGCAAGCCCAGCCUUCAUAUCACAGACACAGACAGAAACCAUUACUCCCACAGAGGGCCAGUAUGAGCCUGACCUUUGACCUGUGAGAGCAGUCCCACAGAAGCACUGGAUGCUGCAGCACGUCUCAUACAGACAGCCACACACACUGUACACUGGCUCCGACUGCGCUCUCUUCCACAGGAUAAUGCUCCCAUUUCACACACAGAGAGACAGCGAGUGAAUUCAUCAACUAACACUUAAUAUUCGAUUUUAAACUUCUCUACAGAUCGUGCUUUAUACCAGAUUUUGUCUUAUGCAUGCUCAUAUACGCCAAGUGCACAGAUCACCUGACAUCUGAUGAACCGUGAGGGACUUUAUUGUAAUCCGAGCACAAAGACGAACUUCUCCAAGGGGAACUGGUCUGUUUCCAUGACAACCUCAAAACCACCGCUUGACAUUUACUGACUAGCUGUACUUCUGCUGUUGGAAGCGAUUCUUUAGGCAUGGGAAAGAAAGUGAACUUUUCUAAGUCAUCAAAAGACAAGAAUUAAUGUUUCUCUGAAAAAGAAAUCCAGAAAGGGAAGUCGAAGCAUGGAACAUUUGGCAAAACAGGUCUUUCUCACAUUGUCAGAAUUAAAGUGACUUCAUUAUAUAUAUAUAUAUAUAUAUAUAUAUAUAUAUAAGAAAUUGUAUUUUCCUGUGGCGGUAGGUUUAGGGACUGUUCUAAACUUAACAUAUUGGUAAACUAGUUAUUAUAUCCGCACACAUCUAGAAGAAAUUCUGUAUACCAUGAAUCAUUUUUAUAAAAUAUGACUUUUUUAUGUUUAAUUUACUUAAGUCUACCAUGAAAACUCGUAAUUUCUUCGUCGCAUAACUUGUUCUUAUAAAGAUGCAAUUUUCUGAAAACCACUAGCUAACCGAGGCACAUAUAUAUCGGUAUAUUUCAUGAAAAUGAGUCUUACUAACCGUCCAACAGUAAGGAUCAGUAAAUGUUAACUAUUAGAUUUAAUACGUUAAACAGCUGUUUAUCAAUUAUUAUUAUCACACCUGUGUUUUAACCAAUUGAACGUCAUAGUGAUGGGUCGUUCUUGACUGAAUGAAUCUUUAAUAUGAUUCGGGAUCGACGAGUUGUCUGAGCGAGGGAUUCGUUUAUUUCGUGUUGACCGUGCAUGCGCAACAUCCAAUAGCUUGUUUAGAAUAGACGGCUUGCGUUUAGUGGCCCAUGGUAAAAGUCACUAAUGAGGCAUCUACAUAUCAAUGCCUUAACCAAUCACAUUACAGACAGAAUUUCAGUCAGAGUUGUGCGACACUCAAUCGUCGUUUACGGAUGCCAUAGGAAUGAAUGAGAAAUGCUGAAAGCUGUAUCCCACCUGUCCCAAAUAGUCAGUGACUUCUCUUAUAAAAUUUAUUUUUUUGGGGUGUAAACUCAAAAAAUAGUUCAAUCCAGAAGUAUUGUUUAGUGUAAAAUAUGUUGGAGAUUAGCUGAUAGGCUGUCGAUUCAUUAAAUGAUCAGCUGUUUCCUAUAAAAAUAAAAAAA